UGUUGACUAAAGACGUUAUCAAUUUGAAAUUUGGCUGCAACUGAAAUUAAGUGAGAGAAAUUGCGUUUGCGUUGAAGGACAAUAAUUAAACGGAGUGGGAAAAUCAUUUACAUCUUUUAUCGAAACUCCCACAGCCAUAUGCCCACUAUCUCAAAUAUCCGUCCUAGUUAACAAACAUACCAACACACAAUAUAAUAAUCAACAAUCAUGGACGUUAUCGAGUCAUUAACAUCGACGGGUCUCCUCAAACCAGCCACCAGCUACACAUCGACUUCGCUUAGCGAACCGGUGAAGCUUCGCAUUACAAAAGAGGGCAUCACGUCGGCGCUCCCACAAACAAUACCACAAUUUUUCCACGAAACCUGCCAACGCCAUGCAGAUCUACCCGCACUGGUUUUUACCAAUGAUUCCAAUAGCAGUGGCAGCAACCAGAGUAUGAAUAAUAACUCACCAGCUUGGACGACUGUUAGCUACGCAGAGUAUGAACGCAAUGUGGAGAAGGUAGCAUUGGCGUUGAUGCAUGUGGGCUUACGUCCUCGUACCUCGGUUGGUAUACUCGCCUUCAAUUGUCCGGAAUGGUUUUACACCGAAAUGGGCGCUCUGCGUGGUGGUGGUAUUGCUUCCGGCAUAUAUCUGACCAGCUCACCGGAAGCAGUACGUCAUGUGCUCGAAACAGCGGAAGCGACCGUAUGUGUGGUGGAUGAUGCGACACAGAUGGCAAAGGUCCGCGAGGUCAGCGGAAGUUUACCACUGCUGCGUGCGGUCAUACAGCUGCAUGGACCGUUUGAGGAGUUUGUCGGUCGCGAUGAGGGUUACUAUCGUUGGGAAGACUUGAUGGCUAUGGAAUUCGAUGCGAAACUGCAGCAAGAAUUGAUGGAACGCGAACGCAAUAUAGCCGCUAAUGAGUGUGCUUUGCUAGUGUUUACAUCGGGAACCGUUGGAAUGUCAAAGGCCGUUAUGUUGUCACAUGACAAUGUCAUCGUAAACGCUGCAGGUUUACCUUUGAAUGAGCACUUCAAAGAAAGUGCCGAGGUGACCGUCAGUUUCUUGCCACUGUGCCAUAUAGCCGCACAAAUGUUCGACGUCAUUGUCAGCGCUCGUGAUGGUGGUUGCGUGUAUUUUGCAGAUCGUGAUGCGCUGAGGGGCAGUUUGUUGAAAACUUUGACUGUGGCCCGUCCAACAAGGUUCUUCGCCGUACCGCGAGUUUUCGAGAAAAUGCAGGAGCGGCUGAAGCAAGUCGAAGCAGAGUCCUCAUGGCUGAAGCGAUUUAUAAUGAGCCGUGCGCGAAGCACAAUGUUGCAAUGCUAUAUGAACCAUGAGGGAAAGGGUAAGCCGCUAUAUUCCUUCAAAUACUGGCUGGCUUCUUUCGUAACACAAAAAGUCAAAACCGCCUUGGGCUUGGAUCGUUGCGAUUUGGUGAGCGCUGGUGGCGCACCUGUUUCCAGAGAUUUAAAGAAAUUCUUCAUUAGCAUAGAUCUGCCAAUGCUUGAGGCCUAUGGACUCUCUGAAACCACUAGUGGCGCUACUAUUACAGUGGAACCACGACAAGUGGAUGACGCAGGGAAGCAAUAUGAGGGCAUGGAAAUGAAAAUCGACAAUGCCGAUCAGGAUGGGAACGGCGAGAUCUGCUUCCGUGGGCGUUACGUGUUUAUGGGCUAUUUGAAAGAGCCAGCGAAAACGAAGGAAGCCAUAGAUGCAGACGGUUGGUACCACACAGGCGAUAUUGGUUGUAUCAGCGAAGCUGGCGGCUUAAUUAUAACCGGUCGGUUAAAGGAACUAGUCAUAACAGCGGGCGGUGAGAAUAUACCACCCGUUCACGUGGAAAACUUAGUGAAGAACGAACUGCCGUGCGUCAGCAACGCCAUACUUGUGGGCGACAAUCGCAAAUAUCUCACGAUACUAUUGACAAUUAGGACUGACAUUGACACUCAGACGGGGCUGCCCUUGGAUACUCUACAACCGGCAGCCAUUGCCUGGUUCCAAGCGCUGGGCUUGCACUACACGCGUCUCUCUGAUGUUUUGCGCAUACCACCGAGCAUAGAAGAUUUCGAUGCUGCCACCGUGGAAGUGCAUCCAGAUCCCAAAGUUGUGGCUGCGAUACAGGAGGCCAUAACAAUUGCGAACCGAAGCGCCUUGUCCAACGCACAAAAGGUGCAAAAAUUCGCGAUUUUGCCACACGACUUCUCGAUCCCCACAGGAGAGUUGGGUCCUACUUUGAAGUCGCGGCGUAGUGUUAUUUUAAAGAAAUAUGCUAAAGUUAUCGAACGGCUUUAUGAAUAAAGAAAAUAUGGCUUAGCUUAAUA